UCAGAGCAACCCAGUAUGCGUGCGCCCUGUCGGUGUAUUUACUCCGAAACAAGGAAAGACCGGACCUCGUGGAGAAACUUAAAAGCCUGGAAGUCAGCAUGAGCACUGGACGAAAAUGGUGUAGGCUGCAGAAGUCAGGCCAGACAGACCUCUAACUUGCACCUAAGUGGAACAUUUGCUCAGUAAGGAGGAUCAUCCUGUUUUAGAGGCUGUUGCAGAUGGUGUCCGUCGCUGUCUGUCGUGAAAUGGAAACAGAGCCAUGUUGUGAGGAGCAUGAAGACCCUGCAGUGGAGCCUACAGAGCCUGCGGUAUGCGAGGCCAUUUCUGAGCUUUCUGACAGGUGCAAUCACACAGAGCUGCCCUGUGGACCCGCUGAGGAAGGUGACGAGCUGCAAAGGAAAGGGCAGGAUGAAACGCAGCGCUGCGCCGGAGAGAGCAGCAGCGCCGAGAUAAAGAGCCCAAAGCAACAAGAGCCAAGGAGACUGAAAAAAACCAACAGCUGGAAGAUGGUACGGUUUCAAGACCCAUCAGCAGAGGAUAAUGUGUUGGAAAGGGACAUGUCAGCCGAGAGUCUCUUUCCAGAUCACCCCAUAGAGGAGUGGACCUCGUCCACGUUUGAGGAGCUGUUCAUGGCAGAAGACUGGCAGGACAUCACAGAAGACAGGCUGCUGAGGAAGCUCGUGCUCGAGCCCGGGGCCCCGCAGGCCACGCGACCCGCCUGGGGCCAGGAAGUGACCGUGAAGAUGCAGUGUGUCCUGGACGACCGCACUGUGGUGGAGAAGGACUGCAAGCUUGUGUUUGUGAUCGGAGAGGGGGACGUAACCCAGGCCCUGGAGGAGUGCGUCCUGUCGAUGCAGAGGGGCGAGAUCACGUUACUGCUGGCAGAUUCUCAGUACGCGUACGGACUUCUGGGAAGAGAGCCUGACAUCCCGGCCUGGGCUCCUUUACUCUACCAACUGCAGCUCCUGGACGCCCGAGAGAAGCCGGACCCGCUCACUCUGCCCGUAGCGGACCGCAUCCGCAUCGGGAACCAGAAGCGAGAGCGGGGGAACUUCCACUUCCAAAGGGAGGAGUACGGCCAGGCUGCCCGAGCCUACUGCAUGGCCCUGGAUGUGCUCACCACGCGCAGGAGAGACAGCGGCGGCGGCGUGGAGGCGGAGGACGACGAGGUCCAGGAGUACCGGGUGAAGUGUCUGAACAACCUGGCCACGGCGCAGCUCAAGCUGGAGCAGAACGAGGAGGCGCUGCAGAGCAGCCGGGACGUUCUGGCCCUGGAGCCGAACAACGUCAAGGCCCUGUUCAGGGCGGGGAAGCUCCUGUCAGACAAAGGUGAAUUCAAGGAGGCGAUGGAGGUGCUAAAAAUGGCCUUAAAACUGGAGCCGGCCACCAAGGCGAUCCAUAUGGAGCUAUCGAAACUUGUCAAAAGGCAGUCGGGAGGCAGAGACACCCAGGAAUGGAAGCCAAAACCUGCAGAGAUGCUUGGAGACAGCAUUCUGAUUCUUCCCAAGAAGAAGUCAACUGGAAUUUCCUGGACGCUAAUACUCGGAGCUCUGUUGGUGGCGCUGGGCAGCUUAGUGGCAUCACUGAUUCUGACUGCACGAAACUGAAAUCCUCAGCCGACGUCUGAAGGUGAAGAGUUUAGUCUGCAGUGUGAAAAUACAGGGAGGCAUUCGUGGAGCACAUGGAGCCUGAAGUCACACUGUGUGAGUUUCAUAUGGUAGAGAUGCUUCGCUGAAAGGUCAACAAUAUUUAUGAAAAUGAGGGAAGUGCAGCAUCAGGUGGACUCGUAAGACCAGCAGGAAUUUCUGCUAAUGCGUUACAC